CACGGUGCAUGACGGUCAGGAUGAUCUCGUUUAAUCAAUCCUUUUAACUGCAAUGAUAAAUGAUCUCGUUACCAAAGACAGAAAAUCACGUUUUCCAACUCCACAAACAAGCCAUAAUAUCUCAUCUUCAAAUAAGUUAAUGUCUUGCCUGACGGGUACCCCCUUUGCAAAGCCCCCAAAUGUGUAGUGUUUUCGGUGUUUUCUAUCAGCUUUAACUUCAAGAUGGACGGGCCACGAAUGCUUUUCCAAAACCAUCAUUCGUGGAGCAAGAAUUCUGCACAAACCUCGAACUGGUUAAUGGCAGAAACGCUACAAAGACCACAAAGACCAUUCAAACCAUGGAUGUAUGGAAUGAGUCAAGCAAGAUUGAAAGAAAAUCGAGAGUGCAACGGGGAAAGAUGGGUUUGCUUUGAUGACAGAGAAUCAACGACGGCAGAUAAACAUUCAUUGUGUAUGAAUACGCAGUUGUCAAACCCAGUGGAGGAUUUUCUCGAAGAAAUUUUACAGAAAGGUGCAAAAUUUCCCAACUCUGAGGAAGACCGAUUGAUCAGAAAUAAUAUUGAAGCAAUGAUGGAGGGCCUUUGCAAUAGCUUGGAUCAGAGCUUCAAAAUGUUCAGAGAUUGCAGACUCUUAAAAACUGGCAGCACUUAUGAAAUGCUAAAGAUUGGAAUGCCGGACGAGUUUGAUUUCAUGAUUGAGUUACCAGCUCUAGGAAAAAAUGAGACUUUUGAAUUCUAUCAACAUAAUAUUUCUACCCAAGCACAGCUAAUUUAUUUUGACAUCAAAGAUAGAAGCUUUUUUCAAGACAUCAUAAGUAAAGCCAUGGAGAGUAAUGAUGAUGAGUAUGAUGAUGAAUGUAGUGAUGGUGAUUUUCUGACUAAUGUGCUGAAUAUAUUAGAGCAGGUUAUUCGGGAACAUUUUAAAAUGGCCCUUUUGGAAUGCUGGAGCCUUGUAGUAGACCCAAAACUGUCUAUAAGAAGGAAUUUACCCCAAGUGGCAAUAACACCAGUAUUUAAAUGGGAAGGAAAAGAGUAUAAGCAUCUCUAUGUCAGUGUUGACCUCACCUUUGCCAUACCAAUUAAGAAAAGACCUAUCUGGAAUCAUAACAGGUCAAAUCACCUUGCACUUGGUAGUAAUAAAAAGUUCAUUCUCAAAGAUUCCUCUGAAGUGUUGCACACAUUGUUAAGAGAUGGGGAGUCAUGUAGGAUCUCAUAUUCCCUUCAUGAACAGCAAAUAAUGAGUGAGUUCCCCCUAGAUACUGGCCAGAACCAAUGUCUUCGCCUCCUAAAAUAUUUUCGAAAUGUCAUUUGUGAACAGAAGUUUGAUCCUAUAUCUCUAGAGAUGAAAUCUUGUAUAUCAACAUACCUGCUGAAAACUGUUAUGUACUACCAGUUUGCGCGACAUAAGGAUGAUCCAUCAAAGUGGCAAAGAGAACAAUUAUUUGAUAGACUUCUUGAAGCACUUGAAGAUCUUUUAGUUUGCAUAAAGAAAAGUAGAUUAUUCAGCUAUUUUAUACCACAUUAUAAUCUUCUGAAAAACCUUAAGUUCACUGACACACAAAUUCAAAAUGUUGUUUAUGAUGUUGAAGAAAUGUUAAAUGUUCUGAAGAAGUUACAAACAAGGGCCAUGAAUAUGGAAGAAUUUCAAGAACUUGUUGCACAGAAACAAAAAGCUGUUGAUGCUUUAACAUACCAAGGUCAUCGCGAUCAUGUUAUAGACUUGCUUUACAUUUAUGCAUAUAAUGAUUAUCAGGCAAACAACCUUGAGGUGAUCAAACAAUAUGCAGAGCGAUAUCUUAAGGGUAUAGAGAUUCAAGGAAUGGGAAAGGACAUUGUGUUUUUAGAGAAUGGGGAGCAAGUUAAUGUUGAUAAGGAAUUAGAACAGAAAUAUGGAGAAGAAAUAUCAUAUUUUCAUUGACUUGAUGUUAUCAGAGAUGCCAACCCUCCAGCUUCCGGCUGGAGUCUCCCGCUUUUUGGACCCUUCUCCCAUCCUCACGCUUUUAUUAAAAAAUCUCCAGCAUAUUGAGUAAAUAAACAAUUUGAAAAAUAGAAUUGUUAAAACUGUCUUGGAGUUCUUUUUUUUAGAACAAUGUUUGUAGUCCACGCAUCAUAGAUAAGCUCCAUUUUUUUAUUCAAUUUAAACUACAAGAAGUGUCAAUGAAAAAUAAACUAUAUUAACAAAA